UCCUCCUCCUCCUCCUCUCCAUCAUCUCCUCCUCCUCUCCAUCACCUCCUCCUCCUCUGCCAUCGCCGCCGGACACGCAGUGCAGGCCGGUGCCGGGCCUCAGCUGGGGGAGUCAGGGACGAGCUCAGUCAAGCCCUUCCCUCCCCCCCCCCAUCCGGCUCCCGCACCGCCCUCCUCCUCCUCCUCCUCCUCUUCCUCCUCUCCCCUCCCUGCUCCUUCGCUUCUUCUUCCUCCUCCUCCUCCUCCUCUCCUGGGCCCCAGCUGCCAGCAUCAUGUCCGCAGGGGGAGAUUUUGGGAACCCACUGAGAAAAUUCAAGUUGGUGUUCCUGGGGGAGCAGAGCGUCGGAAAGACGUCUCUGAUCACGAGGUUCAUGUAUGACAGCUUCGACAACACGUACCAGGCAACCAUCGGGAUUGACUUCUUGUCGAAAACCAUGUACUUGGAGGACCGUACGGUUCGACUGCAGCUCUGGGACACGGCCGGACAGGAGAGGUUCCGCAGCCUGAUCCCCAGCUACAUCCGGGACUCCACAGUGGCUGUGGUGGUAUACGAUAUCACAAACCUCAACUCAUUCCAGCAGACCUCUAAGUGGAUUGACGAUGUAAGGACAGAGAGGGGCAGUGACGUGAUCAUCAUGCUGGUGGGCAAUAAGACGGAUCUGGCUGACAAGAGGCAGAUCACCAUCGAGGAAGGGGAACAGCGCGCCAAGGAACUGAGCGUCAUGUUCAUCGAGACCAGUGCAAAGACCGGCUACAACGUGAAGCAGCUUUUCCGACGUGUGGCAUCGGCUCUGCCCGGCAUGGAGAACGUCCAGGAGAAAAGCAAAGAAGGAAUGAUCGACAUCAAGCUGGACAAGCCCCAGGAGCCCCCGGCCAGCGAGGGCGGCUGUUCCUGCUAAUGCAGAGCCCCCGGCGGCGGCGGCGGCUUCUUCUCGCUACUCGCUUGUUGUGUUGCUUCCUAUUGGGUGGGAAAUGAGUCUAUCAAGACGGGAGGAUCUUUCUUUUCUCUCUCUCUAGGAGUAGGGUGGGAUUGGGGAGGGAGGCUGGGCAUCAGGGAUCACGUCACUCUUAACAGCUGUUACUUAAACAACUAUUUUUUGGUUUGGUUGUAAUAUAUUGUACUUUAUUAAGAUUGCCAAAAACUGUUAAAAUUUAAAAAAAAAAUUUAAAUCAUGUGUAUACAACUUUUUGCCAGAUUUAAAAAAAAAGUAGUCAUUUUUAUUUGAAAGAUGUGCUUUUUUGUUUUUGUAUAUUUGUAAACUUAUAGAGAACCUUUUCCACACACCUCCUCCUUCCUGAUCUCUCGGAACUGUUUGUCACCACUUCCUUCUUCCCAUCCCCAGCCCUGUGAAUUAAAAUAAUUUAACUGAGCAAGGUAAUUAGGCUCCAGUACUUGGACCACAUGGCCCCAAACCAACCAGGUCCUCCAUCCAGGCUCCUGGAGGUCAAAUGAAACAUUGAUCAAGCAAGAAAGUCUCAGGGUGGGCACUGCUCAGGCCUUCCCGGACCUCACAGGGCAGCAGGGAGCCAGCAGCAGGCCCUGGGAACUGCUUCUGCCUCUUCUCCUGCCCUGAAAAAAGCCUUGAAGAGACUGAGGGCAUAAGCACCCGUGUGUUCUCUGGGCCCACUCAGUGACCAGCAGAGCCAGAGGCCAUUGGAAGGACAAGGUGCUGUUGGCAACAGUGGGCAAUGACUGAGCCAUCCUGUGUCGUUCUGAGAUGUUGCAACCUCCUCGCCCAACAGUCAAUGCAUGUAGCUGGGCUGACUCACAAACUCAACAUGUGAUGCUGGCCACCAGGCCCUAGAGCCCACCUUUAGAGAUGUCAGGGGGAUGCUAGUACCUGGGCCAUAUACUAUAGGGACUACUUGUGACUGGGAAGGCGAGUGGGUAUCUGCAGAACCCCACAUUGAAAAUUUCAUGUUCUCAGACCCUCACUUGCUAAUGAUGCUUAGUACUGUUCCGAAGGAAAAAAAAAAAAAAAAGCUGACUUCUUGAUGUGUUUUCACCCCACUGACAUGGUACAGUUGAAAUCUUUGUACACACCUUUGUGAAUAUUGUGGCUGCUCUGUGGGCUUCUGAAGGAUGGGUUGAAAGUAAGGCUUCCAGAGGGCUGCCUAGGGCACUGCGGCCUGUGCCCCCAGAGCCAUCCUUGCCAUUUUCCACUCGUUCCUGAGAAUGCUUUAGUCCUGAGAACCCUGGGAAAUCUCGAAGAGAGUGUUCUCUUCUAAGGACAUAACUUAUUUAGCAUUCAAAUGGACCCAGGCUCACUGGCCCAGGGCCUGCCCAAGGCCACACGGGGACAGUGAUUCAAACCAAAAUAUACCCACCCCAGCUGUCAUUGGCUCUUCUUCCCAGGCUGCUGCUGAGUGAAUUCCUCCACAAAGCAGGACUCCAACAAGGUGGUUGGAAUGCAUUUUGAAACUUCUCAGAAAUGAAUCCAAAAGGGCAGCUCCGUGGCAGAGUUCGUGUUUGUCAAAGGGCUUGCUACACGUUUCCUGCCCAGGAGACCGUGUCCGCAUAGCCAGUCUUUAGAGAGGAAUUUAUCUUCCGUUGAGGAGGAGAGGAAGCAGGAUCGAGCUGGGCACCUCCUCCUGAAGGCAAGGACCAAUGUACGAGCGUAACUCAAGCAUCACGUGUUUAGUUUUUAUAUGUGUGUACAUAAUUAUAUAUAGAGAUAGACUUGUGUAUACACCUUUCACAAACACAUGCUCACACGGAUACAUGUGCUCAAUGUAUAUUCUUGUCUUUUCCGCUCUCAAGUUGGAACUUGCAUUGUGAUUACCGUUUUGGAAAUUCAAAAGUACUGCAAUGUGUUGAAAUAAGAAAUGCUCAAUAUCGUCAAAUAACUUGUGAUUGUCUUGCCAUCAAUAAAAUAAUGCAUAGGUGUGUUAAACUACAGGCAAAAAAAAAUAGCCCACCGAACUACCCUCACCACUUCUUUAUGUACCCGUUUGCACACGUGUGCGUGCCCGCGUGGGCCAGUGUCCUCUGGCACACCCUCCCAAGUGGUGCUUGUGGGCAGAGGACCUACUUACCUCGUGAUAACUGGUCGGAGUCCAAGUGGCAGCGUCUGGCGUGGUUGGCAGCGAGGGGCCACACUGGUGGUCGGUCUCUGGCAGAGCCCCAUGGACAGGGUCCUCUACCAGUCUCGGUGAAUGAACAUACGGUCGCUUGUUCGCUUUUGUGGCACUGUAUUGCUGUAAAUCAAAGUAGAAGUUCGGGUCUCUCCUGGCUCGCACACAGCUCAUGGCACUGUGGCCUGCUCCAGAGAAACGGCAAGAGACAUGCGGGCGCCACUUCUCUUGCUUUCCUAGCCGUGUACACAGAGUUCCCCCAGCUCCGUGGCCUCUGAAGGUGAGGGUACUCCCCAACUCUGCUCCCACCCCGCCAUUCCCUGGCUCCCUCUCCCUCAGUUGGCUGUCCUUUCCUAGAAGCUCUUAAGGCAGCCUGGCCUCUCAUCUCGAGAGACACCAUCAGUCUCCUCCUUGUAGGUGGGUUACUGACUGAGGACAGACAGGUCAGCUUAUCUGGAAGAUGUUACUGAAUUGUCUCAGCAUCCCCAUCUUUGCUGAAUCUAGAUUGGUUAGCAGGGUACAAAGAGGAGGAUUCCCUCCAGCACGUGAUUUCAACUUAUUCAGCCCCUUUUCCCCAAACACUACACUUAGUCUGACAGCUGAGCCAAGACCCUGUUCUCUAGGGGCUCAAAGGAGAGCUGCCAAGUAGAGCUCCUGUUCUCCGGUAUCGGGGAAAUAGCUUGUAAGACUGAAUGAGCUGGCGGCGUAGCUACGCGGACUUGUCCACCAAAAUGAAGACGCGACUUCAGCAUCUUGAGCGCUAAGGCAGCGGUUGUGUGGUCCAAGGUCAGUCUGCUGGGCCGUUAGAGCCUCACUGGUUGUCACGAUCAAAGUUUCCUCCCUGCUGCCAUCCUUAAACAUUUUGCAGGGUCCCAGGGCUCAAGGGGAGCCAUGCAUGGCCAGAUCCGCUAAAAUGUCUCAGGCAGCAGAAAGGAAGGUCACAAGAUGGUAGCGACAUCUAGACUCACCUGGGCAGUAACCGCCAUUCGGUGACUAACCAACUCCAGAGCCCUAACCGGUGUCCAUCUUCAAGUACCCCAGAAUGACAGAAAAAGGAUGACAUUGCUGACUUCAGUGUCCUGCAGGUAGAUCUCGCAGCUCAUUCCUUCUCCCGCAGGGAAGGGGGUGUGGCACGGAAGGAGGACAGACCAGGUAGCCAGGGACCCUGAGGGGAGUCGGAGCCACGAGAAGAGCCACGAGCAGGAGUCGGUGUCUGAACGCGUCAACCGCUCACGGUUGCAUGCUCACCAGUGUCCCAACUACCUCUCCCUGAAGAAAUGUGAGGCAUUGUCACCUUGUCACAGCAGUGGGAAGUGAAGCCCUCAACCCUUCCUCUUUCAUGGGUUGAAGAAACAACACAAGGGGGGUGAUCUGUUUAGGGUCGCCCAGCAAGCCAAGAGUGACCAGAGCUACUGCUUUGGCCUUCUUUAUCCACUCGUGACCUGAGUCUGCUGUGCGUGUGACCCUCAGGCCAUCUCUACUCUGUGGUUAGGGCACAAGAUUAUUCCCAGCCUGAAUGUGCUGGAGAGAAAUAUAGGUGCACUUUGGGUUCCUCCACUGCAAAGAAGGGUGGUCCCCAAAUCUACCUGGGUUGCCCUGGGUACCCCGAAAAUCAGUGAGGGUAUCCUUUCGAGGUUUUGUUUUAAAUCAACAACUUAGGUAUCCCAAAACCUUUGCAGUUGUAAUGUGCAAAAACACCUUGGACUCCAGACCCCUGUCACACCUUCAUCAGGGCAUGGUGUAUCAGGAAAAGUUUGCAGUGUGGGUUCAGAUGUUCCCUUCAGGAGGCACAAAGCCUCCAUAGCACAGAAGGCCAACGUGGCCUCUUUGGUGAGUGUUGACUUCUCCCCUCACCCAUCCUUUAAGUGAUUGGCUGGGAGGAACAGAGCGGGCGUUGUUUCCAUCUUGGAUGGGCUCAGAAGGCAUCGUGGCCAUAUUGACUUUACAUUCAACUGUGUACUCUGUGGAAAAGCCUCAGCAUGUUGGUCAAACAAUAAACUGUCCUAAUUCUCAACACAA